AUGGCUGGCAAGAGAGAAAGAGGUUGCAUCAGAACAGAUAUCCUUCCAAGCCAGAUGAAGCAGGACAAGGCAGAUGUUGACAAAAUUGUGGAAACAACAAACAGUAUGAUCAAUCCCUUCGAGUAUGAGGAAGAAGAAUUGCUGCACAUCACAUCUGGUACAGUAGCUACUGAAGAAGUUGAAAAAGAUUUACAGUCUGCCUAUGAUAGAGGAGAAGCUGCAUUCAUUGCUAUUUGUAAAGAACGUCUUCAAACACGGGAAGUGGACUUGCUCACAACCAUGAAGAAACUGAAGCUGAAGACGUUUACCAGUAUGUCCAAAACUACAAAGAGUAAAGUCCAUGGAAAGGAGGUCUCGCUAAAGGCAGACAGAAAUCUUCUAGCUAGACUAGACGUUAUUGGACACAUCCGCAAGGUAGACCUGCAAGAACUGUUAUCAUACUCCUUGGGACCAGUACCUUUAGCAUUGUGUACACCACUUGGAUGUCUUGUUAAAACUAACAAGGCUAAGAUGCUAUAUAGUCUGGAAAGUCAACCGGAAAAAGCGAUCGUAGAAAUUCCAAGAGGGGGUAUCUUUGUAGUGGAUUCAAUGGCAAAGAUCGAGAAGGUGGAUGUAAAGAAACUCCCAGGUGAAAGAACUUUCCUUAACCUUGCACAUGUGCUACUGAGACGCAUAGUUAAUCUGGCAAGAGGGAAUGGAUCGAAUGAAAUUCACUUCGUUGAAGACACCUACAGAGACCAGUCGAUAAAAAAUGCAGAAAGGGCUAAAAGGGCUGUUGGGGUUCGCAGGUGA